GCUCUGUAGCGUUCAGCGUAUAUUGCCAAACAUCAGAUCGGGAAGAAUGCAAGAUCAGGCGCAUCUGCGUGUUCGUCCCUGCAGCUGCAGCGCUGCGCAUUGAGUGGGGGAUGAGGUAUAGCUGUGUGGGGGUAUUUAGUGGUGCGUUGGAGGAAGCGGUGGGCUUGCUUGCGUGCGCGGCAGUUGCGCCGCGGUACUGUUUGGAGGAUUUGAGUGGCCGAUAUUUGUUGGAGUGGAUGGCUUUGCAUAUGGCAAGACGGGCAGCUAAUGUUGUAGGACGGCUGUGUAGCGAAGUCGAAUAUAACGGCGCGUCCUUCACGCGUACUUGCAAUAUGAAGCGCAGCUGCGUGUUGAAAAGUGCAUUGGAUUUGGCAGCUGAAGCCCUGCGAAUUGUGUGGGGAUUGGGGUGGAGCUAA